AAGCAAAUGAAAAUGAGGAGACAACUACUGUGGAAACAUGUAUUAUUGCCCACGUUGAAACAAAUUUGAUACAAUCUGAUUCUAAUGAAACCCUUGAACAUGAUCACGAUUCACGAGGCACAAUCUGCUACAGGCACGACUACAAAUAAGGCAAGAGUUGAAGCUUCGGCAACCACCAUUGAUAAUGGUAGGGAUGCUAAGGCUCCUGACCCAGCUGACAUUGCUGAAGACAAAGCUGUGUUGGUAGAGAUUGAACAAAUCUGUGUUGCUGAGGAUGUUUUGGGGAACAACCAAAAUCCAAGUGACACGGACCCUAAUUCCAGAAUUGAAAAAACCUGUGAGGCACACAAACUUGAUGCAAACACUUUUUCCCUCAAGAAAGAGAUGGAUGGCACACUAUCCCCUUCAAUCAAUGGAGAUAAUGAGACUAUUUCUGAUCCUACACAUAGCACAAAUCUUUCCCCACCUGUAACUAUUGCUGCAAGUUAUGACCCAACUACUAUUGGCCUUGUUCUUCACUCUUUUGAGGUGGAUGGACAACACUAUGAAAUCAGGUCCUACAUUGAAGAAGGGGAGACAAGUAACCAAAGGGAGGAAACACCUAAUGACUUCCAAGAUGUCCAGAACAAACGCAGCAAAAGACCGGGGAAGAGGGGAAUUGCACCAAGGACAAUUAAAACUAGAAGCUAUGAUCCAAAUCUUAAAGUUGGAGCGGUGAGCGAGAUAACUAGAUACUGGCCUAGCCGCAAAUCAACCACAAUGGAGAAAAUCGUCACUCCCAAAAGUUACUCUGUGCCCUUUUGCCCCUAUGAAAUUGUCGGUGGCGUCUUCCUAAGUGGAGUCAGCGGCUCAACCUGGCAAUUGAGAUUUGGGAUUCUAAUUUUAGGUUUUGGUCACUACUUUGCGUCUAUGCCUACUCUUGAUUCUCGUCUUCUCGAAGCUUCUGCGUUCUGAUUGGGAUCGAGUAAAAGCUUAUGCGAUUC